AUAAAGUGAAUGCCAAGUUCUGUAGAACUGAUUGCGAACUAGCAAUAUUAUAUGGGAAUGAAUGUUGGGCUACUAAGAUACAUAUGUCUGCAAGAUAAGUGAUAUAAAUACGGAUGUUAAGAUGGAUGUGUGAUCAUACUAGAUUGGACAAAUUAGAAAUGAUCAUGUUGAUAAAGGGGACAAGUACGUACGGAUAAAACAUUGAGAGAAGAUCGCUUGAGAACAUAACACAGUGAAAACAAAUGGUCAAUAUAGUACCAGCCAAUAGAGAAAUUGUCCGAUCAUGGAACUUAGCGAAGUCUGGGUCUAGGAAACUGCAUUCAUCUAAUAUAUAUGUGAAAGAGCAGAGUUUUGGCUGUGUAAAAUACAUUAUUCUGCAAGGAUAUCUUUCUGGAUCAUUGUCCCAGAAAAUUUCAGUUAAAUGCAUUCCUUCAGAAGAACUAGGAUCAGUGGCAGCUACAGGCAACCCUGAUCAAAACAUUAUUAUGAUGGACUGUUCUAUAGCCAAUAGACUCAGGGAUGAGCUGGAAUUCAGUCGAGUCAAUUGUCUUGUGUGGGUACUUCAUGAAUCUGCAAGAAGCUUCUCAGUUGCAGUACAGACUCUUGAAUUGGCUAAAAAUGGGCCUGAGCUUGCAAGUGCAUGGGUUGGGGUGGAUGUGCAUGCCUGGCAUAAAAGCAUCGCAUAUCAGGUAGCAAUUUAUGCUUUGUUCAAAGCAGCAAUAGAAGUGGAGGUGUUUCUUUCUCGCAAACGCAGCAGCAACACUUCUUCUGUUCAUGAAAUCCUAUCCCCAAUCACUGACUUUCUUGGAGAGCGCAUUGAAAGUCAGUUGAAUUUGAGGAAUCCGAAGUUGGUGCAAUGGUUUAGAACACUGGAGCUGCCACGGAUUGCAGGAAUGUUCAUUCCCCUAUUCAAGAAAUGGUCUGUGGAUUAUGCAGGAAGUGGUGUUGCAGGAAAUAUCUUGGCUAUAAGCUGUUGCACUGCAGUGCAGAAAUUAGGUCCUGGACGAGUUUCUUGUCCUUUAUUUUCAGCUUCAGUUGAAGAUGCACUAGUAGAGCUCAUGAACUUGUCAGAGAGACUUGUUUCAGUUGAUAAAUUGCACUACUUAGCAACUGAGGCUGGAUUCGAAGAAGACUUCUUGUUCCAAUUUGGUAGAAAGGUUCUGCCAAGUAACAGUAUUGAAGAUGUAGAAUUUUGGAUAGGAUUGGUACAAAGUAAACUCAGUAAUGCAUUCCACAGAGAGAACGUGAUUGCAGACAAGCAUACUUUUCACGACAAGGUUCAAGAAAAUAGUUUAGCUACCCUGGGACUUUUUGCAUAUUUGGGAAGAGAGACGAGAUUGUUCCUCUCGGAAAUGGGAGUAAAGGAUCUUGAUGAGCAAACUAAAGAUUUUCUGAGUUACUUAGAAUGCGGUAGCCUUCUUAUGCAUCCAGAAUUCUCCACUCUCUCUGAAUAUCAGCUCUUCAUGGAGGUAGUAGUCAAUGAAAUUGGGUGGCUCGACUUUUAUGCUGCAGCUGCUAGCAAAUUUUGUGUCAAAAGAAGAUCCAAACAACAACCAAUCCAAGCGGAGAAAGAAAUAAUUUUGUACACUGUUUUAACUGUAUGCUACGAUAUUAUAGCUGGAUUCGCCCACUAUAGCAAUUCCGUGCAGCAGCCAUUAGAUGCAAAAUUACUGGACUUCUUGCUUCAGAGUCAGAGUCUGCUGUCUGUAUGUCUGGAGGACUACUGGGCAGCCUAUGAUAGAACAGGAGGAGUGCAAAAAUUUGCUGAUAGAAGUGCAUCUGAUCCAGCGGCAUCUUUGAUUAGUAAAGGUGGAAUGGGUUCAUCCAUCCUAUGGGAAGCAAAAGAGAGGCCAACUGACUUGAUAAAAAAGGAAAAGCAUCAUUCUGGAUCUAGAUUGAAUCAGGCCACCAGCUCUGCUGUGAUGGACCCUGUGACGCUGGUGAAGUUGGAUUGCUCAAUUGCACCCAAACCACUGCAUGAAAAUUUACUCAGAAAAUCUACAACCAAGCUGUUAUCUGCAAGUGCUGAUAUCUGGAUGGGUACUGAAUUGCUCUUUACAGACGUAUCGGAUGCUUUAGGGCUACUUAUAAAGCAGUUGAAAGGCCGUCGACUCACAAAAAGGGAGAGAAAGAAAAUGAAGAGAACGCUGGGUGAUAUUGCUACCCUUGUUCCCAUAACCAUCUUAAUGCUAAUCCCUGUUUCUGCCGUGGGUCAUGCAGCAAUGCUAGCCGCAAUCAAGAAAUAUAUCCCAAGUUUGAUUCCUUCUCCGUAUUCUUCUGAAAGGCUUGAUCUAAUAAAACAAUUAAAGAGAACGAAGAAGAAGGAAGUCCAAGCUCGGAGCAGCAUUGAGAACCCUUCUUCUAAAGUUGUAGAGUGAAUGCAAGCUGUGGAAAGCAACUUCAUUAUCAUGGUGUUGGUUCAGCUUAACUUCUGUAAAGUGGCAAGAGAAGUUGCACAUACACCUUAUUAUAGCCGAUGCAAGAAACUGUCUAUUAGAGGAAAUAGAAACAACACUCGUUCAAGAACACCUGUACACAAAGAUGCUGCUAAGUUUAGUUUUAGUUUUAGAGAAAGCAACUUAGAUUUUGAUCGAGUGUAUUUGCUUAGGCAUAAUCUGACUAUUGUUAAUAUUGUCCAUGGUUUAAGACAAAGCUUUUCGAGUUUCGAGGAACUUAUUUAGUGAGAGUGUGUGGCUGCUAACAACUCCCUAAGUUCUAAAUUUAUAAUCGUUACAAUUAUUUCCUUUUUA